GAUUACGGCCGGGUGGCGCGGGCCGGCCGCUCCAUCGUGUCCCGAGAGGUCGGACCGCCGCCGCGCCGCCCAAAUCCACCGCCGAAAAAAAAGGGAAGCCCCUCUCUCUGUUCGGCUCGAUGGCCUCGAGCUCCGGCAGCGGCGGUGGGGCGGAAGGCGGGGUCGGGGAGGGGCCGACGACGCUGGACGAGCUGUACCAGAUCAACGUGGUGCCGGCCGAGCUGCACUUCAAGUUCCGCAAGGAGCUCCAGGGCCUCCGCGUCGGCCUCAACCUCGAGUUCUACAAUCUUGAGGUGAAUGGUUUUGAGGCGAAGAUAGUACUCAAGCCUCUAGACUACGAACGGAAGUGGAAAUUCCAGUACAAGCCCAUCAGUGGUGACGUACAGCUGCUUUCCAAGAAGAUACCAGUUACAAAGUUUCUAAAUCUACAGGUUGGCAUCGGUCACAAUUUUCACAUGAAUGCAACUGGAUGGAAAUGGAAGCUUUCUACCUGCCUUGGGGGAGAUGGUGUCUCACAAAUAAGAAACAAGUCUAAAAUCAGCAUGUUCCCAGGGUUUGAUUUGAGGAUUGGAUGGAGAGCUGAAUAUGUGCUUCCUGAGAUACAUGGGGCUGUUGGCACAGGAGAACCUGCCUUCAGUUUGAAUUAUGGGCGGCUGCAUGCAUCAAUAGAUCGGGUCGAGGCUAUCGUUACUCAAUCAGAUCAGUACUGAUCGUCCAUGGUGGAAGUCAAAGGAGAGUUCUUCAUCGCCAGCAAUCAUCUCAACCAAAUCUCAGGGUUUACUAGAAGCAUUUUUAAGCUCUAUGUACAGUUGUUAGCGAACUUUGAGUUUCUCCAAACCCUGUGCGGCUUUUCCUAUGUCUGAAAACGUAAUGAAAUAAUAUCAUGCAACUUGUGUUUGGCACU